AUGCUCGCCCUCAUAGAGCUCCCACUCCUCGUCCUCCUCAGUGCGCUGCUCCCCGCCGCCAUAGUAACAGCAGCAGACUCCACGCCAUCAUGCGACUGCUACGAGACCGACGCCGACAGCGUCUUCACGCAGCACGAGUUCCACGACUUCCGCACACUCACGCCAGUCGCCAGUGCGCCGCCGCUGCCGUCCGUGCUGCCGCAGGAGCUGGACCCCACGCCGGAUAACUACACCACCGAGCCGGGCAUCGGGAAUGCGCAGGCCGGGUGGAUCCAGAGCAACGAUUGGACGGACUACUGGGCGACCAUGGACUGGGGGAAGCUGCCGACGGGGGACUUCCCGAUGCGCAUGCAGAAUAGUUUGGCGAAUGUUUAUAUUUCGGGCUCCGAUGUGGAUACGGAUGCGACGUCGAAGUUGGUGUUGAGGACUCAUAGGUUUUCGAACUUCCAGUCGACGGCGGAGGUUGAGUCACUUCACAGGAACUUUCUCUACGCCUCCAUCCGGAUCCGCGCCCGAGUCACCGGCGCAUCGGGCGCCGUAGCGGGCCUCUUCAUCUACCAGAACGGGCAGAACGAGUCCGACAUUGAGAUCCUGACGCGGGACAACAACAACGAGAUCCGCUACUCGAACCAGCCGGUUGUUGACGACCAAGGGAACGAGAUUGCCGGUGCGUCGACGUCGGUGGACAUGGCGACGGGGACGGAGAUCGAUGGGACGGACGAGCCGGAUAAGAGGAAGAUGGUCAAGCGGGCCAAGUAUGGCGAUGUCAAGUGGGAUGACUGGCAUACGCAUAGGAUUGAUUGGACGGAGGGGAAGAGUAGUUGGUUUGUGGAUGGGGAGCAUUAUCUCGAUAAGGAGUAUGGUGUGCCGACGGUUGCGAGUUACUUUGUGAUGAACAUGUGGUCCGAUGGAGGCGUUUGGUCGGGGAAUAUGUCGGUGGGCGACACGGCAUACAUGGAGAUUGAGUGGGUCGAGAUGGCGUUCAACACAUCGGGCCCGGACGACCUCAGCUCGCGGGAUCUGCACAAGCGGGCCGGCAAGCCGGAGUGUCAGACAAUGUGUACGAUUGAUGGCGUGCAGGUUGUUGGGAACCCUGAGAUUGGCGCUGCGGCGUCUGUUGCAGUGAAGUAUACCAUGCUGUUUGGGGGUGUUGUUCUUGCGAUGCUGGGGAUGGGCGUGUUGUAG